GACCUUGAGUUGUAGUGGUGAUAUAAACAACGAUCUUUUUUUGGCCAAUGUAUUAAAUGCAAUGUUUCGGUUUUUUGUAUAUUGUGGACGCGCUAACCACGUCUAAAAAUUCAAAUAAGUAAAAUAGAUUCAUAGAACAAAAAUUUCGGAAGGUGGCACCCUUCCUUUAAUUGAGCGGUACUAGGAGAUAAAAUGUAUCUGCAACACUGCCAACUGCGUAUUCGCGAUCCGAAAUACUGCCCGAUGUUACAAUACGAAUACCGGUACAACGACAGCACUAUUCCACUGACGUCACGCCUCUGCUGACGUCACACGGCAGGUGUCGUCCGCCGACGGCCUGAUGACGGCCCUGGACGCCUCCGAAGGCUGGUCUGCUGACUCGGGCGCGCUGCAGCUCACCUUCCAGUUCGGUUUUAUCACCUCUGACGGCAUGAGGGUGCCCAUGGCGACCACGGUGGGAGCAGACAUGCCGCGGACCGAACUGCUGUUGCCCAGAGGCGCCACUCAGGUGUACGUUCGUGUCUGUCCGGCCGACGGCGUGUGCCUCACCGUGGAAAGUGACGUCACUCCGAAACAGGGUGUCAUCAGCGACGAAGCUGCUAUGAGGGACCUCAGCGAGCGCCAGGUGGAGGUUCACGAGCUGGGUCGUCCCGUGGAGGUACUGGGCUGGUCGGUGGCCAUCCUGGACAGACUUCCGGCCGAGCAGAGCGCAGCCGCUGAAAAUCUGACAGCUAUCGUCCACUUCACAGCCCGCCGCGCGCUCUCCAAAAUCGCAUCCAGGCUACGAGAGCUGACCAACAGUGAAAACGUCAAACAGAAAACGCGGGCGGUGGACCAGGCACUCACGGCCCUGGAGCUGCUCAGCCCGCUGGAGGCUGUGCUGGCCGGUCAGGCGCAGUUUGACCUGACGGGUCACAGGAGCACGCUGCAGCAGCUGGUCGGCGCCGCCCUGCUGCCCUCAGUACCGCAGACGUUCAUAGAGCAGACGCUACAGGUGGUGCCGCAGCAGCAGAUCGUCCCGGCCAGCGGACCGGUCCCGCUCCCAGUGGCCAGCCUGAGAUCUCGUCGUGCUCGGCGCCGGCCCAAGAGAGCAGUCGCUUCCGCCUCGAGCACCCAGCCACUCGACGCCAGCCAGGCGGCGCGGCUACUCAGCACUGCCGAGGGCUCGUCCAACACCGGCGCCCUGCUGACGACAGCUCGCGCGGCACUAGCCGGACUGUGCGCCGGCCUGCCGUCCACCAACAGCCCUCCAGUGGCCGUUCUCGGCUACCGACUGCAGCUGCAGGCGGCGCGGCGCGCGCUCGACACGGCCGGCACUGCCCGCUGGCCGCUGGUCGAGCACUCGGAGAGCGCCAACGGCACGUGGCUACAGCCCAGCGCCCAGUGGACCGGCUGGUCGUGGGAGUGCGGCGGUGACCCGGAGCUGCAGGUGGCCGUGCUCUGCCGCGACAUGUGCGUCACCACCUGGGUCACGGAGGAAGACCUGCUGACGGCCAGUUCGGACCGACUGGAGAUCGACCCCACCCCGCGCAGGACGCCGGUGUUCAGUGUGAGCCUACUACACCCGGUCAGCUUGGAGCCGCAGUACGCCGAACAGACUCUCAAAUCACCCUUCACCAUCAGCACCCUGGUCAACGCCUCCAUGGAGAUGCCGGAGGGAAAGACGCUCGAGUGUCGCAGCUGGCAGGAAGAGGAGUGGAGCGCUGACUCCUGUCAGACCGACCGGGUGACUGGCGGCGAGCUGAGGUGCAGGUGUACCCGGCUGGGCGCCGUGGCGGCCUUUGAGGUGGACGCGCCCGAGCCGACCACUACUGUACCCACGACCCAGCGGGCCACCACGACUACCGAGAGGGCAGACAGCAACACCCAGCUGACCAACAUCACUCUGCGGAUCGACGCCGACUACCAGGCUGUGGUUGGGGACGACAAGGAGCAGUUCGAGAGCCACAUGAAAACGCAGAUCGCGGCGAGCAUGAACAUCAGCGAAUCGUCCAUCAUCUCAAUCAGCGCUCGUCCGGGUUCCAUCCUGCUGGAUCUCACCGUCGAGACAUCCGCGGUGAACCAGCGCACUGCCACGGCCACACGCUCCCAGGACCCGCUGCAGGUGCUGACCCAGCUGGUGCAGUCAGGCCAGCUGGAGCUCACCGAUCUCCAGGGUAACCGGCUGGUGAUCCCGCGAGACGGACUCGACGACGUGCAGGCCGACCCCGUGAAGGAGGAGAGGAACACGCGCACAGCCGUCAUCAUCGGAGCCGUCAUCGCCGCCAUCGUGGUCAUCUGCGUGAUCGGCGUCAUCGCCGCGGUGGUCAUCAAGAACAAGAAGAGGUCCAAGGUCGGAUCAAUGACGAGUCCGACCGACCGCAGUCAGCAGAACACGUACAAGUCGUUCCAGUUCGAGCACGUGAUGGACGGAACAGCGGCCUCCCUGGAAAAGUACAGAUCUUCACGUGGCAUGGACGAUUCCGAUCGGUAUCUGGCCGAGACGAUGCGCGCCCACUCGGCAGCCGCUCUGCAACGGCGGGCCAGUGUGCCGCGGCCGGCCCGCUACGACACGCCCAGCCGCGAGCAGCUGGACGCCACCCAGGCCGUCCCAGAGAGCGUGCAAGAGGCGCCAGCUACGUAAUGGCUGAAAUCCAAGAUCGAGAGGAUACAAAACCAUCUGCCCGGUACACCCGAAGAACAGUGGGACAAUUAAAGACUCUUCUAAGCGCCCAGCGGGCUUAGGGCAAUCAUUUGAAGUCAGCUCCAUCGGAUGGAUAAUCGACAAUCAUACAAAAAGAUGUUUAAAAUGAUAAAUGUAACUUACCUAUAGCUCCUUUCGACCGCUAGUUUUCGACUGGUGUGUACUUAUUGUAUUAUUAUUGAUGUGCGUGUAUUUUUAUUCAUCUCUAACGUGUGACUUUAGUUUUGUGAUAUGAGACCGUGAGGUUACCCAUAUCGAUAUCAAUUCACAACUGUCACUGCUGUAAACUGUGAUAACUGUCAUCGUUUGCGACAAUCUAGUCAUUCUAUCCAGGAAAAUAGUUGUGAUAACUUUUGCAGUGGACUGUGGAAAACAAAAAUGUGAAGGCUUGAAGAAACCACAACAAGAAAUGUUCGAUUAUAUUACUGCGAAUUUCGAGUCAUGUUUUCCUUUUUCCGUAAGGUCGACGUGCGUGCUGCUUUCACGAGUGUUGUUUUUAAUGAUCAUAUAAUCACUGCUGACAUGUUAUUCAUUUUUACCGGAUGGAACGUGUAGUAAGAAAAGUAUAAAAGUUACGAGAUCGAAGCAAGCGUGGGCUGGCAAGACCAAACAUUUUUUCUAGUUUCGUUUUGUUUUCUACCUCGUAGAAUUUAAAACGUUCAGAAGACGGCAUUUCGAUUAUACUGUUCGAGAUAACGUUCUCAAUAAUUUUGAAACAAUGUGUGUUUGUAUAUCAAUACAUUUAAUUUCGUUA